AGACGUUGGUUUGACUAGCGGUUAUGGAGAUCAAGUAAUCGUGAAGGGCGAUGGUUUGAUGCAACCACUUCCACGUUUGAUCCAGGGAGUUAAUACGGUAUCGGAUACCUAAACAGUCUCGGCAGUCCUUUUGCAUUCCUCCGUGUGCUGACAGUUUGGAAAGAAACAUUCAAAUUAACCGCGACAAACGAUAUAGACUCGUAGUAACAACGACCUCUUGCUGGUGGAUCGCAGUUACGGUUCCCAACAGACACGAAAGCUUUUCCCUCGUACGGUUGAAGCACUUGAAGAUGGAUAGUCUAUGGUUAUGAACGAACGUCAAAAUCGAUCGAUGCACUCGCGAAUUCGUAAUGAAUACUUGAGCGUCAGGUUUUGAUGUUAUAUGAACUCCGUGUGGUCAAAGAAAGGAGAGGGGAGAGCCUUUGAACAAAUGCAAGAGGUUAUCUAAGUUCGCAGCACAAAGUACAGCUGACCCGACGCGUGAUAUCUUCACUCUACGCAACUCUCUGCGUGAUCCGCCUACUCUCCCGCAGCGUUUCUUUCAGAUUGCUGUGUCUGGAUAAUGAGCAUAUGCUACGCGAGUAAUGCGUUUUAUGGCUGUAUCCGUGAUUGCAAAUACGAUAAAGAGAAUUUGUUUACAUAAAAUCGAAACUAGUGUCUACAAGAAUAUAUUGGAACUCACUGUCCGCAACCGCCCGCAAUUUAUCCGCGCAUUGUCUUUUUCGACCAUCAAAAACUUAGAUCGUUCGGCAAUAGAACCCAAAGAGAAUCGAAAAAUAAUGGAAAUCAUGGAAUAUCCCGAAGCACAUCGUGAUCUCACCGUUAUCGAUAAUUACCAUGGAACUGAGGUAGCAGAUCCAUAUAGAUGGUUAGAAGAUCCUGAUUCUGAAGAAACUAAAGCAUUUGUUGAUGCUCAAAAUGCCAUUACUAAGCCAUAUUUGAUGUCAUGUAAAGCACGCCCAAAUAUUCAUGAUCGAUUAAAACAAUUAUGGGAUUUUCCAAAAUAUUCGUGUCCUGUUAGACACGGAGAUAAAUAUUAUUUUUAUAAAAAUACUGGUUUACAGAAUCAAAGCGUCUUAUAUGUCCAAGAUACAUUAGACAGCGAACCAAAAGUAUUUUUUGAUCCAAAUACUUUAUCAGAAGAUGGCACUGUGGCAAUUGCUAUUAGUAAAUUUAGCGAAGAUGGCAGUAUAUUUGCAUAUGGAUUAUCUUCUAGUGGAUCAGAUUGGUGUACAAUCCAUUUUAUGAAUACAAAGACUGGUGAAAAAUAUCCAGAAAUUUUGGAAAAAGUUAAGUAUUCCCCAAUAACAUGGACUCAUGACAAUCGCGGAAUAUUUUAUGGAUGUUAUCCAGAGCAGGAAGGUAAAACUGAUGGUUCAGAGACAAAAGGUAAUCGAGACCAAAAGUUAUGCUAUCAUGUUAUUGGUACAUUGCAGUCGGAGGAUGCUGUUGUAGUUGAAUUUCCUGAAGAACCUUUAUGGAGAAUAGGUGCACAAGUUUCUGAUUGUGGGAAAUGGCUAAUUAUCACACCUGUGAAGGACUGCAGAGAUAAUUUAGUAUACUUUACGGAAUUGAAACCAGGAACAAAUUUAAAUGAAAAAUUGCAGUUAACUCAAGUUGUUGAUAAACUUGAAGCAGAUUAUGAAUAUGUAACAAAUGAGGACAGCAAGGCUAUAUUUCGGACAAAUAAAAAUGCGCCAAACUAUAAGUUAAUAGUUAUAGACUUAUUGGAUUACAGUCAAGAUAAGUGGGUAGACCUGUUACCUGAACAUGCUGAUAAUGUAUUAGAUUGGGCUUGUGCAGUUAACAAUGAUCAAUUUGUAGCCUGCUACAUUGAAGAUGUUAAGAGCAUUUUACAAUUACAUAGUUUAAAAACUGGUGAGAAAAUUAGAACAUUUCCGCUUGAUGUAGGCACAAUAGUUAACUUUGUAGGAAAAAAGAAAUAUUCCGAAAUAUUUUACCAAUUCACAUCCUUUUUAACUCCUGGUAUUAUAUACAGAGUUGAUCUUAAAAAUGAAGAAGAUCCACAGAUAUUACGAGAGAUUAAAGUAAAAAACUUUGAUCCAAGCUUAUACAAGACUAGUCAAAUAUUUUACACGAGUAAAGAUGGUACAAAGAUUCCAAUGUUUAUAGUUAUGAAACAUGAUGCAGUUUUGGAUAGCUCUAUGCCGGCUUUACUAUAUGGUUAUGGAGGUUUUAAUGUAAGCAUUCAACCUACAUUUGGCGUUACAACUCUGGUUUUUGUUCAGCAUUUAAAUGGAGUACUAGCGGUCGCAAAUAUUCGAGGUGGCGGUGAGUACGGCGAAAAGUGGCAUAACGGUGGGCGAUUUUUUAAUAAACAAAAUGUAUUUGACGACUUCCAAUGUGCCGCUGAGUACCUUAUUGAAAAUAAAUACACUACAUCUAAAAAAUUAAGUAUCUUGGGUGCCAGUAAUGGAGGUCUAUUAAUUGCCGCUUGUAUAAAUCAAAGACCUGAUCUUUUUGGUGCUGCAGUUGCUCAAGUUGGAGUGAUGGAUAUGUUACGUUUUCAUAAAUUCACGAUUGGUGUUGCUUGGGUAUCCGAUUACGGUAGUUCUGAUGACCAGAAACAUUUUGAAAAUCUUUUGAAAUAUUCUCCAUUGCAUAACGUAAGAGUUCCGGAAAAUGGGCAAUAUCCAGCGACAUUAUUAUUGACUGCAGAUCACGACGAUCGUGUAGUACCAUUGCAUAGCCUUAAACUUAUUGCAACUCUACAGCAUACACUUGGAAAAUUACCUCAACAAACAAAUCCCUUACUCAUCAGAAUAGAUACUAAGGCGGGACAUGGGGGUGGGAAACCAACUAUGAAAGUGAUUGAAGAAAGCACAGAUAUUUUAGCAUUUAUCGUGAAAUCUUUGGACGUAGAAUUCAAAUUAUAACACUUACCGUGGGUAAUAUUAACAUUUUUUACAUUUUAUACGUAUGCGUAAAUCUUUGAACCAUUCAAGAAUAUUAUGCGAAAUACUAUUUCAAAAUAUAUUCUAAUAUGCUUUUUUCCAAAUUAUUUUAUAAAACAAAAUUUCUAUCGUAGCAAAUAAAAAAAUCAUUCAAUUAAGUAGUGUUCAUACCUUCUUUGGGAUAUGACAAAAAGAAAGACAUUUUUCGAUCUAUAUUAUUCUUUUCAGCUUUGCUAGAAUAAAUAAUGAUAUCGAUCUUAAUAACAAAUAAAGUUAAUGUAUGAAUUUUUUUAUUAAAUACUAAAUAACAAGUA